CACAGAGUGUCAGUUUCACACCCGAAAAUAACACAUGAGUCAGACUUGUGUCUCGUUGCAUGUUUAAAAUGCAUAAAACAGGAAAUAAAGCUUUCAACAUAACAGCAACACACACAGACACUUAGGCAGUGUUCCUUCAGACGGCCACUCGGAGUGUAGUUUUAGACAAUUAAAUAUCAGUAUAAGUGCGUCUAUAAGGACUGAUAACUACUUCACUGAAAGAUCAGGAUUACUGUAAAGAGAAGAAUGGAGAUGAGUGAGGAGAUUUAUGCAAAUGCAGAAGGUACAGCAGACGACGGAGCUGAUUACAGUGACAGUGAGCACUCCUAUGAAGAUGUUUAUGCAAAUGAGGACAAUUUGGAGACCCAGAGGACCGGAAGUUUCAAGCAAUCUGAGAGCUCAGGAGGAGACACUGCAUGGAGCAGGUGUUACAGAGUGACUGCAGUGUGUGUGGUGCUGCUGUGUGUUCUCCUGCUGACUGCCGUCACGGUGCUGUGGAUCCGAUUCAACAACCUGACUACAGAAAACAACCAGUUACAGACCAGUUACAACAACCUGACUAUAGAGAGAGACCAGUUACAGACCAGUUACAACACACUGACUAUACAGAGAGACCAGUUACAGACCAGGUACAACACCCUGACUACAGAAAACAACCAGUUAAAGAUCAGUUACAACACCCUGACUAAAGAGAGAGGCCAGUUACAGACCAGGUACAACACCCUGACUACAGAAAACAACCAGUUAAAGAUCAGUUACAACACCCUGACUAAAGAGAGAGGCCAGUUACAGACCAGUUACAACACCCUGACUAAAGAGAGAGGCCAGUUACAGAUCAGUUACAACACCCUGACUAAAGAGAGAGACCAGUUACAGAGGGAGAGAGAUGGAUACCGGAGUACACUUGAUCUGUGUUAUAAAGGGAGGUGUUUCAACUUCGACUCCAGUGUUUACUGCAUGUCUAAUGAAAUGAAGAACUGGGAGAAGAGCAGACAGGACUGCAGGGACAAAGGAGCAGACCUGGUGAUCAUAAACAGCAAGGAGGAACAGGAGUUCAUCGGUAAACAGCUGGGCAGCAGUCGGGCUUGGAUUGGUCUGAGUGACGGAGCUGUAGAGGGAAAGUGGAAAUGGGUGGACGGUACACCACUGACCACUGCGUUCUGGGCUGAACGGGAACCGAAUAAUGAAGGUGAGGAGGACUGUGCUGAGAUUUUCAGUUUAAAUGGGAACUUCUGGAAUGACCAGAAAUGUUCUAAUAAUAAACACUGGAUCUGUGAGAGACGUGUUUCUCAAUUAGAGAUGUUUCUGUGUUCUUCUGAGCAAGAGGAUAUGGUAGCAGUUAUCUAUGAGAUUGUAGACAAUGUUGAAGGUCACGACCCCGACACACAGGAUGAAGACGCUGACGCGCACUGUAGCAUGCAGCGUGCUCGGAAACCAGUAGAGAGAGACCAAUUACAAACCACUUACAACACCCUGACUAUAGAGAGAGACCAGUUACAGACCAGUUACAACACCCUGACUAUAGAGAGAGACCAGUUACAGACCAGUUACAACACCCUGACUAUAGAGAGAGACCAGUUACAGAAGGUUAGAGAGGAACUCCAGAGGCUUUCUAAACAGGGAUGGAUUUAUUUUAGCUGUAGUUUUUACUACAUCUCUACAGAGGAGAAGAGCUGGACUGAGAGCAGAGACUACUGCAGAGAGAGAGGAGCAGACCUGGUGAUCAUAAACAACAAAGGGGAACAGGAGUUCAUCAGUAAAAUCCUGAGCAGAAGAAAAGCUUGGAUUGGACUGAAUGACAGAGACAGAGAGGGCGAGUGGAAGUGGGUGGACGGUACACCGCUGAACACUGGGUUCUGGGGACAAAGCGAACCCAACCGUGCUGCAGGGGAAGAGGACUGUGUUGUAAUUCAUGAUCACACUGAUCCUGUCUGGAACUGGGCUGAUUAUCCGUGUGAUGUUCAGUUUAUUUGGAUCUGUGAGAAGACAGUCGUUAUCUGAAUUACUACAUGUGAAUGAAAAGCAGUAAACUAAAUGUAAAUUUUUAUCUGUUUAAAUCAGUGAAAAAUCCUCAGUACUGUUAAUAACCCCACCCCCAAAUGAUCUUUUCUUAUUGCCACGUGUGAAAGCGGUCAUUAUCAAUAAGCAUACCAAUUAUUGCAUAUUCAAUAUAAGACAAUUAAGAACUACAUUUGAACAGUUUAUUAAAUUAUCUGAAAUGAUGCAUUUAUAACUAUUUACAAAUAACUAUAUAUACAGUACAAGUAAUUAACACCAUUGUUUUCUCUCUCUCUCUCUCACACACACACACACACACACACACACACACACACACACACACACACACACAGACGCUAUAGAAACACUGUCUGAAUGUCUUUAUAAGCUGUCGACUGGUAAUUUCUUAUUCAAUACAAUAAAAUACGUCUGUAAAUUAAGUAACUACCCCGUAUUCAUUACAUUAACAACUUACAAAUCAUUUCUGCACACAUAUUACAUGAGCUGUAAAUAAUUCAAUUAAAAUUCAAUAAAUGUAAACAACAAUAAAGCUUGUUUUCUAAAUCUCACCUUCUGCCUCAGAUAACUCAGUCACCUCCUCUUCCCCCUGUCUCAGACCUUCUCCAGUAAAGGCACGAGUGUUUGUUUCUGACACAGAAGGGAGAGGUCAAGGAAUAGCUUGUAAAAGAACAAUGAACCUCUUCUUCUUCUUCUUCUUCUUCUUCUUCUUCUUC